ACAUUGUAAUUUGUUUUGAAUUUUUGUUUUACGAGAUCUGAGAUUCCCGGCAUUGAGUGUUUUUUUACAUUGAUCUUAUCAUCUAAUACAAUGGCAAAUAAAUCACCGAAAAAGGAAAAGGAUGCUAAUAAAAAGAAAACUAAUCACAAUGAGAAAAGUGAUAAAAAAUCUUCAAUAUUAUCGUUUACAUUUACCAAACUCCUGUUUAUUUCGGCAAUAUUUGCAGCACUAUCCUCAUAUUAUGCUUACAAAAUAUUCACAACUCCACCAGACAUGCCCAAACUUGAUCUUCAGGAAUACUGGGGACCAUACCCUAUGAAUUCUGAGCCAGAUUUGUCAAUACGACCAUUUGAAAUAGAAUUUAGUGAUAUUAUGAUAAAUGACCUCAAAGAAAGACUCCUGCACAGAAGACCAUUCCCCCCACCACUAGAAGAGGUUGGCUUCACAUAUGGUUUCAAUUCACACUUCCUAACAAGAGUGCUUGAUUACUGGCAGAAUAAAUACAACUUUAAGGAGAGAGAACAGUUUAUGAACAAGUUCGAUCAUUUUAUUACUAAAAUUCAAGGAUUAGAUGUCCACUACAUUCAUGUCAAACCACCAGUUUCAGAAGAUAUUGAGGUAUUACCCCUUCUGAUGAUGCAUGGAUGGCCAGGAUCAGUGCGAGAGUUCUAUGAGGUAAUACCAAAGCUCACUACACCACAGCCUGGGAAAAAAUUUGUGUUUGAGAUCAUUGCCCCUAGUCUCCCUGGAUUUGGAUUUUCUCAGGCACCAGUACGCCCUGGCUUUGGUCCAGUGGAAAUGGCGAUCGUAAUCUCCAAUCUUAUGAAAAGAAUUGGAUACGAUAAGUAUUACAUCCACGGCGGUGACUUCGGUCACGUAAUGGGCAGUAUGCUGGUAACGUUUUAUCCUCAAAACGUGUUAGGUUUUCAUACAACCACGCCCCUUUUGCUGUUCCAUCCUUUGGAGAAUAUUUUUACACUGUUAGGUACUCUAUGGCCAAGUCUGAUAGUGGAGCCGCAGCUACAGAGCCGCAUGUACCCUCUGAGCGAGCACUUGCUGCGACUGGCUGAGGAGUCGGGAUAUCUGCACUUGCAAGCCACUAAACCUGACACUGUUGGUAUAGCGCUAACUGAUUCCCCAGCAGGUCUAGCAGCUUAUAUCAUAGAGAAGUUCUCUACGUGGACCAACAAUGCGUACAAAAAGUCUGGUGAUGGGAACCUACUGGCCAAGUUCAGUUUGACGCACUUGUUGGACAAUGUUAUGGUGUAUUGGUCCACAAACACCAUCACCACAUCUAUGAGGACUUAUGCUGAGACUCUGAACAAGAGGUUCAUUGCUAUGAGGCUGGACGAGAUCCCAACCGACGUCCCAACAUGGGGCAUAAAGUUCAAGCACGAAUUAGUGUUCCACCCAGACUGCAUGUUAAAGUUGAAGUUCAAGAACUACCUCCACAGCACUAUAGUGGAAGAUGGGGGACACUUUGCUGCUAUGGAGAACCCUGAUAUACUGGCCACAGACAUCUUUGACGCUGUCGAUACAUUCCUGCAGUUUCAUAACCACACAAAAAAUCCAGAAACGAAAGAGAGAGUUCCAGUCAAUCCGAACACAGCAAAAACGAUAUACGACUUUUCUGUCAAAGACAUAUAUGGCAGGGCAGUGAAACUCGACAAAUAUAAGGGAUUCGUUCUCUUAAUAGUCAACGUAGCAUCACAGUGCGGUCUCACAGACACAAACUAUAACCAAUUAAACGAAUUAUAUGAGAAAUAUGCUAAAAGUAGAAAUCUGCGGAUAUUAGCAUUCCCUUGCAACCAGUUUGGUGGCCAAGAACCUGGCAGUGAAAAGGAAAUAAUAAAAUUCACCAAAGAGAGGAACAUAAAGUUCGAUAUUUUCGAAAAAAUCGAAGUGAACGGAGAAAGUGCACAUCCGCUGUGGCAAUUUUUGAAACAAACCCAAAGUGGUACGUUUGGUGACUUCAUAAAGUGGAACUUUUCGAAGUUUAUUGUUGACAAAAAUGGUAUACCGGUUGAGAGAUUCGGUCCGAAUGUUAAUCCUAUAGAUUUGGAACCAUAUUUGGCCAAAUAUUGGUAGAACUUUUAAUUACUGUAACUCGGCUUCAAAUUAGUAAAAGUAAAUCGAUUAGAAUUCUAAGCGAUUAAUAAAAUAAAUCUCAAACAUGUAAUA